AUGUUAGAAAAAAAGUUUGCUGACAUUGACAAGAAAUUUGAGAAUGUUUUAAACAAGAACAAGAGGAAGUUAGAAAAUGCUCAGAUAAAACCCAUACAUGACAAGUUCUUAUUUGCUCAGAAUGGUAUAACAGGUCUAAUUGCACCACCUGGGUCGGGUAAGACUUUCACUUAUCUUAAAAUGGCUGCACAACAACAAGAACUAGAUGAGAAGAACCCAUUCUAUGAGUUAGUUGUUAUUUGUAGUACUUCUGGUCAAUUUGACCAAACCGUCAAUUCGUUCAAAGAUAUUAUAAAGAAGUCUAAGUUAGUAUGUAUAAAGGAUACUGAGUUGUUAGAUUGGAUAAAGAAGUACCAAAGAAGAGUUUUGA